AUGUGGCGGCCGAUGAAGGCAUGUACGCUGCUUUGUCUCUCCUGGGUCUCGCUGCCCGGGGCUUUGGCGGGAGUCGUCGGAGCCGCGGAGUCCGCGCCUUCCUUGGCCUUAAAGGUUUCCGAGGUCGACCCGGGCGCCCCGGAGAACGUCCACGGCUAUCAGGCGGUGGUCCGCGUGUUGAGGUCGCACGGCGUCAACGAGUCGAAAGGCAUGCUCGGCUGCCAGGUGUACAUCGACACAGCGGAGAACGACACAGGGGAGAACGGCACAGCAGAGUGCGACAGUUAUCCUUUUUCCUGCAAGCAGCGGUGGUGUUACGUGGACAUCGAGGCCUGCAAAGUGAACCAGCAAAGGUGCAAGGAAGCUCACCUGCGUCGGGGCUCGCGGGCUUCCCCGCAUUGUCGUGAGCGGCCGCGCUAUGAGAGCAUGUACGUCAAUGACUCGUCAGUGAUGUUCAGUUAUGAGACCUGCGGGGCCUUGGGCAGCUACGACGAGACCCGCUUCGAGAAAUGGAUGGCCAACCUCGAAGUGCAAGCUGCCGUUGACCCCAGGAAAAACUACCCAAACGAGAUGCUGCGAGAGCUUGUUGACAAGGCCUUCACCAAGUUCAGUUUCCUCAACUCCUCCGAAAGAGCGCUUAAGUCACAGAGGAACGUGUCAAUCCCCAUCUGGACUCCCACCACCGACCAAUCCUACUGGGAGACGCCGGCAUCCACGGGCCCCAACUGUUCCAAAGAUGAGGCGGGACGCUUUGUUUGCCACUCUGGCUACAGCAACUGUGUCCAUGAUGUCGCGGUGGGGAACUUCGACCUCUGCAUCGCAGACUUGUGGAUCACGCCGGGCCGAAGUGCCAUCGCUCAGUUCCUGCCUCCCGUGCGCUUCGACAUGUUCUACCUGGUGCAACCUGCGAAGCCGAGGACGGAGUUGGAUCUUAUUCCAAUCAUGGGGAGGCCCUUCAAACCCUUCACGCUUGGGGCCUGGGUGGCCAUUGGGAUCUUUAUGCUGCUUUCUGCUUUGUGCUUUCUGGUCGGGCUCCACUUCGAGGACCCCAAGAAGCAGAGCAACGAGCGGGGAAAUGGGACCCCUCCUGCGCCCGCUCACCAGAACACCACCACCAGUCUGGCUUCGCAAAAGGCACACGACCUGUGGGACCGUAUGGGGUGUGCAAAGUCCUUUGCAAACUCCAGCACCGCCUCAUGCAAGAUCGUAGGUUUCGGCUUUGCUUGGGCCAUGCUUGUGCUGAGUACUACCUACACGGCGAACUUGACAGACAUCUUGGCUUCAGAGCGCAAGCAGGUUACCAGUCUUCAGCGGUUGGAGGACGCCAAGGACAUGUCCAUUUGCGUUGAUCAGGAGGCAUGGUCCCACUUUAACCACUCGUAUUACACGGUCCUUGAGAACGUGACUUGGGAAGCAGUGAAGAACAGUGGAGACAUCCCCCAAAGGCUGCACGAUGCAAACUGUAGUGCUGCCAUCAUGUACCAGAAGGCCAUUGACAGAAUGCAUGCUGGGGAAUUUGCCGGGGCAGGGCGGCCAGUGGACUACGACUGCAGGAUCAGAAAGGUCCCCUCUGAAGAGGUAUUGCUGACUUUUGCUGUCGGGUUUCCUGUUGCCCCUUCAUUAGUGCAUGGCCUGUCAUGGGCAUUGACGAGUGUGCUGGAAGAAGGGCUGGCUGCCAAAGCAGAAAUCCAACAUAGGACUUCCUUGAUAGGCAGUUUCGUAAGCAAGUGCAGCGUUCAAGAAGAAUCUCAGAAACGGCUUGACUGGCCAGACGUGGCGGGGGCAUUGAUUGACGCUUUCGUCAUCAUAUUAUUUGGUGCCUUGGUCUUUGGGAUUGCUGCCCUUGUUCAAGGGAACUGCUGCAAGGGGGCGGAUGCGACAUCAAAAGGAAGCCUUGCCCACCCGCCCCCCGGCCCCCCCCCCUCCCCUCCCCCCUCGGCCCGCCGCAGCCGUCGCCGCAGCCGUCGCCGCAGCCGCAGGCCACGCUUCCAGUGCCCCAAGCGCAGUCCAUGCCCUUGCAAGCAUGUCAGUCGCAGCCAAGCACGACUAGCCCCCGGCGUCGAUUUCAGCCCGCAGCACAGACCUCUUCAUCCUCUUCAUCCUCUUCCCCAUCCAAGCUUGAAGCUGGUCAAGCCUCUGCGUUUUCAAGUCGAGUUAGUUGAUGGCUCAGUCACGGAGUGUACAGGUCUUCGCACAGAGCACAAGGCAAUUUUUUAUCGAUUAGAAUUCAGCCAGACGGAAAGCGGGGUUCCCAAGCCCAGCAGCUCGAAAACAGCAAAAAUGAAGGAACUAAGGGAAGAGACAACGGACACUGCAGUAGAUUCCCUUUUGUUUGGUAGUAUCGCAGAAAACAUUCAUGGUGGGGGGACGGGGGUUCUUUCACUGCUGGCUCAGUAG